UGGGGCCAGAAGGGGAAAUCGUGUCACACCAAAAAGAGGGGGACUACCUUACACCGGUCCUGGUCCCAAGGGGCGGGUCUUUGGGACGAGGGGAAACGGGCACCGGGUCCGGUCCGCAGAAAUCAUUAAUUCGCCUGGGUUGUCCCUUCCUUACGCCAGGGCAGUCUGAGACUAAAACCAAGCGCUGCUAGCCGUCUUCGUUUCGCCCUCCCUACCAGCACCAGCCAAAUCGAUCACGACCCUCAUCCUCUCCACCCAAGCCCUCCCCCUCCAGAACCAACCAUGUCAACCACGGUCACCACCACGGUCGUCGCGCAGCCGGAGGUCCGGCCUGAGCUCCAGGCCCUGAGGCGAGAGACGGCCCGUCUGGGGCGCCAUGGCUACCUCUUUGGCAAGAAGUUGACACGGUCCUUCUCGCCUUUCCUGCACGAUGUCAUCUACCGCGAGCUGGGCCUGAACUGGGGCCAGGUCCGUCUCGACUCCACAGAUAUGGACCUGUUCCUGAAGCUGGUACGAGCCCCAAGCUUCUAUGGCGCCUCGGUGACGAUGCCACACAAGGUCGCCAUCAUCCCCCACCUGGACGAACUCACAGAGGAGUGCCGCGACGUCGGCGCCUGCAACACCCUCUUCCUGCGCUCCGACCCGGCCACGGGCCGCCGCCUGCUCUGCGGCGCCAACACGGACGUCAUCGGCGUGCGCGAGUCCUUCUACCAGAACGUCGCGGACCCGGACGCCGUCUUCCACGGCCGCCCGGCCCUCGUCGUCGGCGGCGGCGGCGCCGCCCGCUCCGCCGUCUACGCCCUGAACCGCUGGAUGCGCGCGACCGAGAUCUACGUCGUCAACCGCGACGACGCCGAGGUCGCCGCCGUCCAGCGCGAGUGUGCCCAGCGCGGCUUCGGCGCCCGCCUGCGCCACGUCCGCACCGUCGACGAGGCCCACGCCCUGCCGGCCCCGGGCGCCAUCGUGGCCUGCGUCCCGGACUUCUCGCCCGCUACGCCCGAGGAGAGGCGGGCCCGGGACGUGAUCCGCACAUUCUUGGACAGGCCCGAGAAGGGCGCCAUGCUCGAGAUGUGCUACAACCCCACCCCCUACACCGAGCUGGGCGCCAUCGCCGAGGAGGCCGGCUGGCAGGUCAUCCUGGGCACCGAGGCCCUGAUCUGGCAGGGGAUUGCGCAGGACAGGUACUGGACCGGCCAGAGGCUGCGGCCAGAGACGGUCAAGGUCGCCCAGGAGGCCAUCGCCUCUCGGCUUCCCAGGCGGUAGAUGGGAUCUUAUUUCUCUCGCCAUGUUUUCCCUCCUAAUCUCGUCUCAUUGCGGCUAUACCAGAUCACGCGGCCAUGUCUUUUACUAGCGGUACAUAUCAUGAUUCCCUUGUACAUAAUAAAUUCCACACUUGAUGCUCGUCACAGACCAAGGAAAGUGUGAAUACCCUA